AUGAAAUCAAAAACGGAAACAAAGAGAGGACAAGAAAGAGGAGGAGGAAGGUGGUACCAGGGGCGGAUGCACGUCUAUAGCUACGGGCAAAAGCUGUUCCUAAGCGGUGUCACAUCAGAAAGAGAUUUCUUGGAAAAUGCGCAAAAGAUGCAAUACAGGGUUGCCUCAGAGAUUUCAAGCACAGGAAUCCAAUUAUUGAUCAGUGUAGUAAAUGUGAGAACCCUCCCCGUGAAGAAGUCCAUAUAUGCAAUUGUAGUCAUCCUUGCUAAUAAAAUUAUGCAGAGUUGA